AUGGCCUUUACGACAAACGCCACCAUCGCCGUCUUUGGCGGGCGCCUGCUCAAGCUCACCCACCAGUCCACCACGACCGGCACGCCCAUGAGCCUCAACCUCUUCAUCCCGGCCUCGGCCUCGGCCUCGUCGCCCGCGCCCGUGCUGCUGUACCUCUCGGGCCUGACGUGCACGCCCGACAACGUCACCGAAAAGGGCUUCCUGCAGGCCUACGCCCUGCCGCUCGGCCUCGCGCUCCUCUACCCGGACACGUCGCCGCGCGGGCUCGACCUCCCCGGCGAGGACGAUGCGUGGGACUUUGGCAGCGCCGCCUCCUUCUACAUUGACUCGACCAAGGCGCCGUACGACGCAAACUACAAGAUGGAGACGUACGUGACGCAGGAGCUGCCCGCGGCCGUCUUCGGGGAGUUCAAGGAGCUGGACGCGCAGCGCGUCUCCAUCUCGGGCCACUCCAUGGGCGGCCACGGCGCGCUGACGCUCUUCCUCAAGAACCCCGGCAAGUACAAGACGGUCAGCGCGUUUGCGCCCAUUGCCAACCCAAGCCAGUGCCCCUGGGGCACCAAGGCGUUUAGCGGCUACCUCGGCGAUGAGGACAAGGACGAGUGGAAGAAGCACGACGCCACGGAGCUGAUCAAGGGCUGGAAGGGCGACUUUCCGUGCUUGAUUGAUGUUGGCCUCGGCGAUCCAUUCUAUAAAAAGGGUGAGCUUCUCCCGGAAAACUUUGAAAAGGCCGUCAAGGAAGCCGGCAUCAGCGGCGCAACCGUCCGAUACCAGAAAGACUACGACCACUCCUACUUCUUCGUGCAGACCUUUGCUGAAGAUCACAUCAAGCAUGCCGCCAAGGCUCUUGGCUUGCUGUAA